AUAUUUAUCUGAAUUUGAAUUUAUAAAACCGCAAGAAUGAGCUCAGCAACUGUGCUUUUGUUCAGUUUGAUGUGCUCUGCGAUGGUCGGUUGCCUCGUUGAAGCCACACCACUGCCUCCCGAAGAACUUCAAGAUGGAGCUCUGAAUUACUUGAAAAGAUUUGGCUACCUGAAGGAAGGAAAUGAGCACGAUCAGGUAAGCCUUGAAGAUUCCAUCAGAGCAAUGCAAACUUUUGCAGGCUUGAAUGAAACUGGCGUUCUUGACGAAGCAACACUUGCAAUGAUGGAGACUCCGAGAUGUUCCAUGCCUGACAUGGACUCAAGCGAAGGCAGAGCAAAACGAUUCGCUAUUGUUUCCAAAUGGAAAAAAUUUAUUUUGGACUACAAAAUAUUUAACUACCCAACAAAUGUCUUGAACUUGGUUCCAAAAGAUAUAGACCGAAUAAUUGCUCUGGCAUGGAGCAUUUGGUCUGACAAAGCAAAAAAACUUUCAUUUCCUAUUUCAAGCUCCCAAACUCCCACCAUAAGCAUUCGAUUUGUGGGAGGAGAUCACGGCGACAAUUAUCCAUUUGAUGGACCAGGCAAAGUUUUAGCUCAUGCUUUCUAUCCACAAAACGGUAAUGCCCAUUUUGAUGAUUCAGAAACUUGGAGUGACGGACAAAAAAAUGGAAAAAAUUUGGCCUGGGUAGCCUCCCAUGAAUUUGGUCAUGCUCUCGGCUUAGGACACUCCACUGUUUCGACAGCCCUGAUGUACCCAUACUACACUGGCUACAAAGAAAUUGUUCUCGACAAUGAUGACAUCAAUGGAAUUCUGAGCAUUUAUCCUAACUGAAAUGAAUUUGGAGAUAGAAUUAUUUUUGUUUUUAAAACAUUGUUUGAUUUAAAUUAAUUAUAAAAUGAUAAGCUUUUGUUGAAUAAAUCCAUCCAAUGC